AUGGUGUAUACAGACAUCCACCUCCCACUUCCUGGCUUCAUAGCGCUAGACUGGUCGCUCAUGACCCUCGCCCUCAUCCCAAUCCUAAUCCGCAUCUCCCUGCGUCAACGAAGCCGCGGUCUCCACUCCCUCGCCACCAACAUUGCAGACGGCUUCGUCAUUCUAGCCUGGCUAUCCGGCUGCGUUCUCAUAGCGAUAAACACCUGGAAGAACAGCCUCCGAAUGAAGUACCUGCACUCCCCUCCAGGAAUGCUCUACUACGGCGUCCCACAACCUCUCUCAGGACACUUACUUUACGUAUCCUGGAUUAGUCUUUUCUUUAUCUACAUUAGCCUCUGGUCUGCCAAAGGCGCCUUCCUAGCCCUCUACUACUCGCUCUUCUCCCUACAGGGUAAACGCGCACGAAUUACACUCGCGGUAGCCUGCGCUUUCACAGCGUCUACAUUCCUACUCCACAUGUUCCUCAUCGCCUUCUGGUGUAGCCCCAUCUCAUCCAACUGGUCUCCUCCACCCGGCGAACACCUGUGUUCGGCUGUCCACUCCAUGUCCUCCGUCACCAUCUCAACCUUCACAAACAUCGCAACAGACCUCAUCAUCCUAUCCAUACCCAUAUCCACCCUCCUUGCCACGCAGCUCGGUAAGUCCGAGAAAGCCGGGCUCGCGUUUGUGUUCCUCAUGGGAAGCGUGUCGAUCCUAGCGGCACUCGUGCGUUUUAUAACGCUCAAGCUAGUGCAGAAUGUCCCCAGGGCCGAAAUCACGCAUACCAUUGAUGUCUGGGCCCUUGCCGAAAUAGUAUCCUCCAUCUUAGCUGUCUGUCUCCCCUCCCUUCGCACCUUUGCUCGUCGUCAUCGUUUCGGCGGAUCGAGGGAGAAUACCCCGCAUGCAAAGCAUACCCAACUAGGCAGUCGAAGUAAUUCUGAUAGCUUGCGGGGGAGUAAUAGUAUCACAAAUAUGGAGUGUGGGAAUAAGACAUUGAAUGUGAGCUUGCCGAUGGCAAAGAGAGAUGGUGUGAAGAUUGAGGGGAUUUGGUGUAGGAGUGAAGAAGGGGAGAGAGUGGGUCUAGGGAUUACGAAGAGAGAGAGGGACAUCGAAGCCCUUGUCUAUGCUAAUAGUCCUGAGGAUGUGAGGGUGGGAUUGAUUUAUUGAGGCGAAUCCGAUGCGUCGCUUAAAAGUUUUCUUUUAGUCGUUUGAGAUGGA